GUUCUUAAGGAAAUCUUAAAGCGACCACGUUCUGAAGUUUUCACUAUGGUUCUUCUUGUGGGCACAGUCAGACUAAACAAAAACGUUGGCUUGAGACGUUAAAAUGUUGACAUUGGCUCAGCCUUGACUCACGCACACCACCAGCUCCCCGGCAGCUUCGUCAGCACACGUACAACGCGGUGAACAAAUUUUGAUUUUGUUAAAUUCUCUGACACCAAAAGUGAUGAAGGAUGUGGAUGUGUGUUUGUAUAACAGUCAGUUGUCUGUAGGACAACAUCCACGAAUUCAACAUGCAAGUGAAAGUGAAAUUUUGAGAUCCCCUGAUAAGCGCCUGGAAGGUUUUGCCCUGAAAGAACGACCACAAACAGCAGUGCUGAAAGGGCUGCUGAUAAGUGAACAUGGCCCCCAUCUGUAUCUUCCUCUACAUUUUCGCUUUUCACUGUAUCACAAAUGGAGCAUCGUUUGUAAAUGUGCAAUGCAAGAAAGAAAGCACGGGAGAGCAUGGCCAGGAAACACUGCUGGAGUGUGUUGUCAAAACCGCACAAGCAGACCCACAAAUCCGCGUGGUCACUUGGAAGAAAGAGGGAGUUGAGGAGCCCUUACUGGUUUUUUACAGAGGGGAAACUACUCUCUUGCCGGGCUUUUCAUUUGCGCAGCCUCUCUGGAAUGACAGGAACAUGAAUGUAUCCCUUCUUAUCAGGAAUACUACUCCACAGGAUGAGGGGAUUUAUACAUGUGUGGUGAUGACAAAUGUCGGUAGUGAAUCCAGUGCCACCCACCUUACAGUAACAGCCAAAUACAGCAUGCCAACUGUAAUGUCCAAACCUGAGAAAAUAAUUAAAAAUACAGAAGGCGUCCUGGUGUGUGAAUCUCAUGAUGGCUACCCACAAGGUCAACUUCGCUGGUUUGACGCAGACAACCAUGAGUGGACAAGGAGUGCUGAGAUGAAGGUGGAAAAGACAGAAACUGGUCUGUUUCACCUCUCCAGCAAGCUGACUUUGCGACCACGAUCCAUUUUCUCCAAGUAUACCUGCGCAGUGUUCAACGCCAGUGGAGGCAAAGAGAACGAGUCCACGUUUGAAAUACUGGAUGCAUCACAAUCUACAGGUUCGGAAUCUGGAAAAGGGCUGGAUUCAGCCUCCAAAAUAGUCGCUCCUCUGGUGGUCAUCGGAUCACUGAUUGCUGGAUUGCUGCUGGCGCUGCUGAUAUAUAAAAAGCGAUCACAACAAGCCCGGAGGCUCUCUACAGCACCCCUUAUGGCUGGCCAUCAGGGGGUCCGGACAUGUGACUCAGAAGUUGAAGAAGGUGAUCAUCAGGACAUGUAUAAAAUUUGCAGAGACAACCAGGUCUGAGGAGGUAUAGCAUGCCACAUGACUACCCAAAGUUACUGGCAACCUCAGCCACACUUCCUUGUUUGCCAAAUUCCACAGUCAGUCAAUGCAUUUCUCCUACUAAGCACCUGCAUAUGUAACCAGGAAUAACUUGUAUCACUGUGAUUUAUCAUGGAUUACUUCUAAGCUAACACUCUUUUGAUUUAGUCCAAGUCUAAGAAAGAAGAUUGUUCCUGAUUUUAAAUCGAUGAUGGACACUUAAAGCCAGAGUCUUAAGUCAUGGGUCCUGUGACCUCUUGUUUCUGUCCAGCCCACGUAGCAACUGUAGCUUUUUGGCAGCUUGGCAGCAGGAGUAGACUUCCUUUUUCCUCCCUUUUCUCAUAUUAUGUCAGCACGUUAUAAGGAAAUAAGGAAAAGGUUCAGUCACAUUCUUAGGGGCUGUGUGUGUGUGGGUGUGUGUGUGUGUGUGUGUGUGUGUGUGUGUGUUUGUGUGUGGGAGGGAGGUGGGGCAUAUACAAGAAAUUGUACAUGUACUCUACGAUGCAAUGUUAGUGGUAGCCCGCAAAAUGGAGGCAGAUGGCCUUGUGUGAAAAAAGAGCUACCUUUAAAGAAAUGUUGUGUUUUAAUGAUGACAGUGGAAAAAUUCAUAGGCUGUUCCAAAAUAUAGGAUAUAGGACGAACAACGCAGUUUAGAACUCGGAGCACUUUUUAGGAUAGCCCAGUCCAAUCCCCACAAAUGUCAUAUCCUUUUUUCUAACCAAGCAACUUCACUAAAAGUUGAGUUUAUGUGUCACAUGAUACUCACUUGCAAAAUUGCUAAGCACACUUGUGUUCCUCUGACUGUCUUCCUUAUUACUGUAAACCUUUUCAGCAGUGUGCCACUUCAUUGUCAAAUCAGCUCUUAUCUUCACUAUCUCAGACAGGGUUUGGCUUCAUUCUCUUCUUGAUCUGAUAUCGGCUCUGAAAAUAUUUUCAGCAUGAUUUUUUUAUCUGAGACCUGCCUGGCAAGAAGAAAAUAUCCCGUUCUUAAAAGCUUUGUCUUGACCCCAGCAAAACAAAGACAGGUGUGCUCAAGAAAAACAACUUCUGAGCAUCCACAGAGGUGUAUGAUUAAUCUGAACGCUGUUGCUAGGCGGCAACGUGGUUAAUCAUUGACUCAGUGGAUAGAGAAAAACAACAUCCAUAUAAAACUUGGGUUUUUGAUGUUUGUUGCGCAAAUUUAAAAACCGUGUCCAUAAAGGAAAAAACCCUGUAAAAUAACAUGUGAGCGUUGAGUUCUAUGCACUGUUUUUGUAAAUCUGUGAACAUUUUGAUUCUGUGUGUUUGUUAUAUUGUGAUUAACAUGCAGGGUGUAAACUUUAUCUGUGUGUCAAUAAAAUAAAGUAUUUUACUGAAAAAUG